CGGUCGUCAUGGCGACGAAGUAAGCGGCCUAGUAGCUUAGGCUAGAAGGUUUUUAACUUUGUAACAUAUUUAUUUUGGUUUAAUCCAGAACUAAAACUGGGAGACAAGGGGAUAGGGUUCCCAAUCGAGAGUCUGACACGGGUCACCAACAUGAUAGACGUCGACUGUAAUACGAAGCGAAUAGAACAAAUGGGAGAGAAAUCUGAGCAAAAAAAUAUAUCUGCAAACCACCGUAACUCUGUUAAGGCGUGUCGAUAUUUUUAUUGUCAACAAUUUCACGGUUUUAUUAUUAAAGCGAAAAUGUCGUGGGGAAAAGAGGGAGUCUGUGUAAGGGCCACGACGGCGGUUUAAAAUAAAAAAUAAAUCACUAGGCCCCGAUCGGGACCACGGUCUUGCCUCGUCUCCCUGGGCGGGUUGGAGUCUCGGGCCCCGCGGAGGCGCCAUGGCGGAGCGCGGGGUCGCCGAGGCCGAGACAACGAAGCCCGGGCAGCAGCAGGAGGAGGAAGAGGUGGAGGAGGAGGUGGAGGAGGUUCCGUUGGAGUUGGUGAGGGAGAGGGAAGUUCAGUGGCUCAGAGUCCUCUCCGACUGGGACGGGUGGAUGGGCGCUCGGCCUGGCAAGGUUCGUGAACUCUGCAGACUGGGAGUGCCCAACUCUCUGCGGGCGCGUGUUUGGCUCUUUAUGACGGGAGCCAGGACUCGCAUGCAACGGAAUCCGGGAAAGUUCCAGGAGCUUGCGUCUGCGCCGGGCGACCCGCGUUGGGUGGAGGCGAUCGAGAGAGACGUCCACCGGCAGUUCCCCUCGCACGAGAUGUUCACCACCAUGGGUGGAUAUGGGCAGAGGGAUCUGGCCCAGGUGCUCCGAGCAUUCUCCGUGCUCUGCCCGGAGGUCGGUUACUGUCAGGCGCAGGCGCCCAUCGCUGCCACCCUGCUCAUGCGCAUGCCAGCCGAGGAGGCGUUCUGGUGCCUGGUCCAGAUCUGUGAGCACUACCUCCCUGGGUACUACAGCCCUGGACUGGAGGCGGUGCAGCAGGACUGUGAGCUGCUGUCCCUGCUGCUGGCGCCCCGCCUGUCCCCGCACGCUCGCGUCCUGCUGCACCGCCUGCAGCUUCCACCGACGCUCAUCCUGCCCGAGUGGCUGCUGUGCGCGUUCGCACGCACGCUGCCUGCACCUAGCCUGGCGCGCGUCUGGGACAUGUUCCUGUGCGAAGGCGUGAAAGUCCUGUUGCGGGUGGCGCUGGUGCUGCUGAUCGGGACCUUCGAGGAGCUCGCUGCUGCUGCUGAUGCCGGGAAUGCCGCCGGGAACUCCGCUGGCACCGUCGGGAACGCCAGCGACGACCUGUACUCUGUGCUGCAGGCGCUGCGCUGCCCGUCGCGCCACAACACCCACCCAUCGUCGCUCGUGCCGCAGAUGCUGUCCCUGUCUCUGUCCACACGGAGGCUUCGCCGUCUCCACCUCUCCGUGAUCCGCGAUCGGAGACGCAGACGGAAUCAGGAAGCGGCGUGAGCACCCAAACCCAGAAACCCGGAACGCGAAUCCAGGAUUGGAAUUCGGACUCCGGAACAGGACCAUGAACCGAACCAGAAUGAUAACUGGAGACAGGUCUGGAACAGAAUUGGGACCACAACCUGAACUGAAACAGGGAUCCAGGACCACAACUGGUUCAAGGAUCCGGAUCCAGACUAGGACCAGGACCAAAACCAGAACCAGAACUGGAACCAGAUCUGGAACAGAACCAGGACCACGACCCAAAUAGAACCAUGACCAGAACUAGAAUCAGAAUAGAAUCGGGUCAGGACCACAACCCGGACCGGAACUGGGACCCAGAUCUGGACCAGAACCAGGACCACAACCCGAACUGGAACCAGAACCGGGACCAGAACCAGGACCUGGGACCCAGAACUGUACCUGGGGGAACAAAAAAAAAAGGAGUGAACUCUUCUUCAGUUGGGCCCAAAAAUCACACCUGGCGCUCAUGGAACUGGGGAUAAGACCCGGAGCCGGAGUCCGGAGUCGCAAUCCGGAGUCCAGAGCCGGAGGUGGAGUCCAGAGUUCAGAGGUCAGAGUUCUGGAGCUGAGAAUCCACAUCCAUGACCAAAACCUGGAACAAGGAACUGGGGCAUUUGGGAGCCCCGGAGUACGAUGUUGACCCGGUUUUGAGUCAGGGGCUGGGAUUUGAUCUCGGCCUGGGUCCGUUGGCUAGGAGAUGUUGACUACCUCACUUGGUAUGCAGGAGGUUUGCGGAAUAUAGACCGUGACCCCGACGAUGCCUGCUGCUGUAUAUUUGGAGUCUGCGUCUCUCUCUGCCCUUGGAGAUGUUAACUACCUUGCCUGGUAUGCAGGAGGUCGUGGGUUCUGCUUCUGAAAUACUCUAAAUACCAUGGUAGCUGGGAGAUGUUGACGACCUUGCCUGGUAUGCAGGAAGUCGUGGAUUUGGUCCCGUGACCCUGACUAUGCCUGCUGCUGUAUAUUUGAAACAACGGCAAUCAUUGCCAAGUCAUCAAUUCCCAAGGAUGAGCAAAAUACCUGAUCAAACCAAGGACAUAAAAACCACCAAGACUCUAUGGGCAACCAAAGAUUUAAAAACCUGAUGUCCCAUUAAGACCCAUAGUUAGUACAAUAGGCUCUGCCACAUACAAAUUAGCACAGUACGUAACAAAACAAAUACAGCUCUACAUCUGUAGGACCUCUUCAUUCAUCAAAAACUCUGAACAUCUCAUAAAUAUAAUUAAAGAUAUUAAGCUUAACCCUAAAGAUAUUAUCAUAAGUUUUGAUGUGACUUCUCUGUUCACGAGGGUUCCGGUCAACGAGUCAAUAAAAUUACUCGACACUGGUAAUUAACGCAGGUUUAGCCAAAUAUAUUCCACGACUAGCUGAACACUGUCUAAAGAACACCUACUUCUUGUGGAAAGGUGACUUCUGUAAACAAAAAAUGGGCUCUUGUUUGUCUCCUGUGAUAGCGAAUUUGUACAUGUGUAGUGAAUAACUCGGAGACGAUCAGACUUGGAGGCACUUCUUUAUUAACAAGCACCAUCGGGUUAACACUCUUAAUAAUUAGUCCGUCUAUGAUCAGCAACGCUACUCAGUCAGGACAGAUGGUAGGCUGCCUGACUGGUGACGCCCCGAGAUGGUGAAGACGGAGACGAUGACAAGAAGGAUGGUGAAGACAACGAGAAGAAUGGUGAAGACGAUGAGAAGAAUGGUGAUGAAGACUUCAGCAGCACGACAGUGAUCCCACUCCAACAACAUUCCCGAGGUCCCCUACAGGGGCCCCUCUUAUACUGUUAGCAUGGCCUGGCUCCGCCCCCGGCCAUGCCUCCUUUCUGGAACUUACUAGCAGGUUCUUGGUGUGCCCCUUCUGUGACCUUUCUCCGAGAUCCCCCUCAGGUGUAUAUCCUGGCCUGCUGACGUCAGGACUGCUGUAAGCCGCAGAUCCCCUUCGCUGCCAGCAGCCAGCGCUAUGCUACUACCCUUCGCCACUGCACUACUAUUCUAUGCCACUACACAUGGAAGAUUUUGAAACCAAAGCAAUAGCUUCAAGCACACUAAAACCCUCUGCUUGGUUAUAUAUGUGGAUGACACAUUGGUGGUCUGGUCUCAACUCGCAAAAACCCAUCCAUCCAGUUCACCAUGGAAAUGGAAGCUGACAGAACUCUACCAUUUCUGGAUAUUCUGCUUGGACGGGGUUUCAAUGGUAAAAUGACAUACAGCGUUUACCAAAAGAAAACACACACUGACACCUAUCUGAAUGCAGAGUCACACCAUCACCCCGCACAGAAAUCCGCUGUCAUUAAGACGCUCAUUCAUCAGGCUAAGAAAGUGUCAAAUGGUGAUAGUCUGAGAAGUUAAAUUAAACAUGGUAAAGAAGCACUGCAAUUGACCAGUUACAAUAAUGCACAAAUCAACAGGGCAUUGAAUGUCAAAACCAAAUCAAAUAACACGAGCAUUGAAACUGCCCAAGUAAUUAAAACUAUUAAAAUACUGUACAUUGUGGGAGUAACUGAUCAACUAGCUAGAUGUUUGGAAAAACAAGCAUCCGAGUCAGAUUUGGCACAAUACAUAAAAUACAGAAAUUAAUAUCUGGUACAAAAGAUGUACUACCGAAACUAUCAACAGAAGUUGUGUACCGGAUUAAUUGCACUUGUGGCAAAUGUUAUGUUGGGCAAACAGGAUGAAUGAUCAGCACGAUACUAAAAGAACACCAAAUAAAUAUUAAAUACUCCCAAAUACAACUGUCAGCAGUCGCGAAACACGUGUGCCAACAAGGACACUCAAUUCAUUUAGAUAAUGUUGAAGUUCUGUGCAAAACAAGUUACUACUGGCCAAGACUAAUUACCGAAUCUGUUGAAAUUGAAAGAAAUGCAAAUAAGUGUAACCGUUCGGAUAGCUACCGACUUAGUGCUGCUUGGAAGCGAAUCAUAAAAUAAGAUAUUGCUUAAAUGCAUGCCUAUACAGUCCACCAUACUUGAAUAGGGAUUACGGUUGGAAAGGCUAUUUUAGUACACACAAUGGACAUGAAGUACAAGAUUAAUGGGCUUGCAGAAUGCGCAUGCAUAAUGUACGUUGAUUUAUUAAUCCCCCCCCCCCCCCCCACUUCGCACAAGAAGAGCAACACACGUGUUGUCAUCACAUCUACACCUCCACAAAUCUGGCCGUCGCCUGAUGAAGCUAGUUGUAAUUACUGGCAAAACGUCGUACUCAGAUUGUAAAUGUUGUGGCUUGGCUCUCCAACACACCGGUGUGCUGUACUAGUGACGAAUUGGCAUGUCCUGCUUACGUGACAACCCUUACUAAUUGUGACGGCUUUAACGACACAUAUUUACGUGAUCUAACCCCAAGAAAAACCUGUAUUAUGGAUGUAUGUUUGCGUCUCUUUCUCCCCGUGGAGAUGCCUGCUGUUGUAUAUUUGGAGUCUGCUUCUCUCUCUCUCCCCGUGCUGGUCGCAUGGAUUUUUCUAUGGGUCCUACAGUGUUUCCGAUCUACAUUUAUAAUCGAUGCCACGCGUUUAGAG